AUGAAGCUCGUCAGAUUUUUGAUGAAACUGAACAAUGAGACGGUUACAGUCGAGCUCAAGAACGGGUCCGUUGUGCAUGGAACGAUCACAGGCGUUGAUAUGCAGAUGAACACCUAUCUCAAGACAGUAAAAAUGACUAUGCGAAACCGGGAUCCUAUAUCCUUAGACUCACUGUCGAUUCGGGGAAACAACAUCCGUUACUUCAUCCUGCCCGACGCCCUUCCAUUGGAUACCCUCCUGGUUGACGACGCACCCAAGCCAAAAGGCAGGAAAAAGGACGACCCAAGAGGAAGAGGACGUGGGCGAGGUAUCGAUCGGGGUCGUGGAAGAGGCAGGGGAGGCGGUCGUGGCCGAGGACGAGGGUUCUAG